GGCGAUUGCACGCGUUUGGCCCCUUCGCUUGGGUUGAAAAUUUUCCUUGCCUCUAAACCGCGCGUUUUUCUCAAACCUUAAACCAAUAAUGGGCGUCCCAGCUGGUGAUGUUGAGAAGGGCAAGAAGCUGUUCGUACAGCGAUGCGCCCAGUGCCACACUGUCGAGGCUGGCGGUAAGCACAAGGUCGGCCCGAACCUGCACGGUCUGUUCGGUCGCAAGACGGGCCAGGCGGCCGGUUUUAGCUACACCGAUGCCAACAAGGCCAAGGGCAUCACCUGGAACGAGGACACGCUGUUCGAGUAUCUGGAAAACCCGAAGAAGUACAUCCCCGGCACGAAGAUGGUGUUCGCCGGUCUGAAGAAGCCCCAGGAGCGUGGCGAUCUGAUCGCUUACCUGAAAUCCGCUACCAAGUAAAUUGGGAAACCUCAGGCGGGUUUACUGUAAGAACGGGUAUCGGUGACCUAGAUUCAGCCAAAACA